AGAAUAGUAUUAUUUUUUUAUAUAGGAUACACCGGCUGCUGUUCUUGUUAGUCGACGCAGUCAAUAUAACGCCUAAAAAAUCUUUAUUUAAAUACAGUCAAAGAGAACGAGGUUGCUAGUUUUUUUUACAUUUAAAAUACAAAAGUCAGAGGAGAAUGAUAUGUAUUUUCGCGGCACUAUUACGCGUUCUUGUAUCGGAUGAUAGACAUUACGCCAAUAACGUGACUACUCUAUUGGUACUGACUUCUGCUUUUACUCCCGAAUCAUAAGUCCACAGUUUGUCUGCCAUUGACUGAUACAGUCACAUGUCCGUGGGAUAUUGAGCAAGGCCCUGAACAUCCUGCUCCAAGGACACUGCGCAUUGAGUGACCCUGCGCUGUAACCCCCAAGCCGCGGAGAGCAAGCUGGAAUAGGCAAAGAGAAUUCCAGUGUACCUGUACUCAUCCUUGUGUGAAUGGCAAAUAAAGGAUUUACUGCUACCUGAUACACACACGUACCUAUGACUGACUGACCACAUUUGGCCACCGUGAACCUGUUUCCAUCCUUGUGGGUCACUUUUUUAGAUGUUUUGGCCACUGGGCUGUGAUGCAGCCCAUAUAUUUGCCAUGGCGUGUGUACAUAGAGGUAAAUAGGGUGAUAAUAUGUAUGCAAUAAUAUUUUGUGAAAAACAACAUGGAUAUUGAAAUUUAGGAGGGCAGUUUCAUUCUUAGUAAGCUUUAAGUGUAAACAUAGCCCAUUUUCCUAUUACCUGCCUGGUACACGCACUCACCUAUGACUGACUGACCCCAUUUGAUUUGUGAAAAAAAAUCACAAAUCAGCCUGGUAAAUAUAAGCCCGGUUUGGUCCUUGUGAGUCACUUUUUAGGUGUUUGGUGUCCCAUCUGCAAUUCCACUUCGCCAUAGAGCUGCAAGCCAUGCCCUCGCUGCCCGUGCUGGUGGUGCAUGGAGGAGCAGGCCAUAUCCCCAAGGACCGUGCGCAGAUCUCCUGUGCCGGGGUGCGAGAGGCGGCCAGGGUCGGCUACGCCUGUCUGCAGGCUGGUGGCAGCGCCAUGGAUGCUGUAACCGAGGCUGUCGCGAACCUGGAGAACAACCCCGCGUACAAUGCAGGCCGCGGCUCGGUGCUCACCCAAAGUGGCACCGUGGAAAUGGAUGCCAUAGUGAUGGACGGCCGCACGCUGGCCAGUGGAGCCGUAUCUGCGGUCAGGAGGAUCGCUAACCCCAUACAGCUGGCCAGGCUUGUCAUGGAAAAGACCAGACACCUGUGCCUGACAGCGGAGGGGGCCUCCCAGUUCGCCAGAGCCAUGGGUGUCCCCGAGGUCCCCGAGGAGUCACUCAUCACCGACUACGCCAGGAUGCGCUGGAGGAAAAACCUGGCCCCAGAUGCCAACCCAGUGCAGUGCAUGAUGAUUGGUGGAGAGACUCCAUCAGCGCCAGUAGAUACACAUGACACUGAGGGCAAGAUUGGCACAGUGGGUGCCGUAGCGGUAGAUGCACAGGGCAACAUUGCCUGUGCCACUUCCACCGGAGGCAUGCUUAAUAAGAUGGAGGGGCGUGUGGGAGACACAGCCUGCAUUGGGUGUGGUGCUUAUGCUGACAACCACGUAGGAGCAGUGUCCCCCACUGGUCACGGUGAGGCCAUCAUGAAGGUCACCCUGUCCAGGCUGAUCCUGUUCUACAUGGAGCAAGGGAAGUCGGCUCAAGAGGCAGCAGACCAAGGUCUAGCCUACAUGAAGGACCGGGUGCAGGGCUUGGGAGGGGUGGUGGUGGUGGACCCCCAGGGCGACUGGGCAGCCCGUUUCAGCAGUCUCCAGAUGGCAUGGGCCGCAGCGCAAGGCAACCAGUUGCAUUAUGGGCUUUAUGUCGGUGAGAAUUUCACACAGCCAAUCACGGACCCGGAAGGCCCUUAGUCUCAGAGGGAGCAGUUUCUGACGUCUCCUCAAGUACACACAUUAACACUCCAUGAUCUCCACUCACAACUCAGCCCCAGAGGACCAGCUUUGCUGUCCCUGGCCACACAACUUGCAUUAUGAUUACACAGAAAAUUGCACAGAAACGCACUGUGAUAUAAAUUUAGAUCUCUUUAAUGUAUUUUGAAUAUCUAAAUUCAGGCAGGGAUUGUUUCUGUUAACCAGACUGACAGUAUUCGAUUUAACUCAUGCUACCUUUCACUGAUAAAUGCUAGAUGUGAUCUUUGCAUGUAGGCCUGCACUGUAUUUCUUAGAAAUUCCUGUAUGUUUUGUCUUUUUUUCCCCAUAAAAUGAAUCAGCUAUGUUAACAGAUGGCUGCUGUGUUCUCACUGAAGUUGAUGGAUACUUGAAAAUCUAAAUACGACACAAUAAAUUCUCCUUGUUACUGUG